AUGGAGCUACGGCAAUUGAAAUCCAGAGAAUCCCACAUCGAAAACCACAAGCAAUUGGUAAUUGAACCAGAAAUUGAAGAGCUAAAGUUUAUCGAAAACUGUAGUACAACUAAUGUUAAAUCUGAAAUCAAGAAGCAAACUGGAGAAGAAAAUGACUUGGAAUUUGAGAAGAAGAGAUCUGUGAAGUUCGCAAGUCCUCCAUUGUUAACCCGAGUCAUCAUAAGCAAAGAUGAUAGGGAUAAAGUCGGAGAGCAAACGCCUUCACCAAAAAAGAAACCAAAGAAGAAGCCAUUAGUAUCAAUCGUGGGAGGUUUAUUUUUGAAAAAGGGAAGAAAGCAAAUAUGA